UCUUACCUGAGAGAGAAAUGGUGGUCAUGGGAAUCGGGCCAAUCGUCUCGCAUUGCCUCAUAUUCUUCGCAUCGUUCUAUCCAACAACAGGCUAACAGCUAAAACUGAUACUUCCCAGAAUUUCGAAGAGUUGACAGUCGGCGGUUGUGGAUCACAAAUCGAGCGAUGACUCUAGCUCAGUUCGGUUCAGGUGUAUUUAUAUAUCGAAAGGGGACCCAGUAUGUAGUUUCAGAAGGCGUACAAUGUUUGCCUUCUUGCAAAAGUUCAAGAUCUUGAAAUCGCGGUGCUCCUUCGGCCGUCGGCUAAUGAAGAAGAAGUGCUUCCAGUCACACGUGCGAUGACCGUUUCUGCGUAUAUUGUGGCACUUUCUCAUCUGUUGCUUUGCUUUAACGCUUUCAUAAUCUCUCUCUUUCUACGAGCUAGAGAGAAAUUCCAUGCUAUCUACGCCGCAACUAGAUUUGGCCUUUGACAACGAUGAUUGGACACCACAAAUAGCACCUCGAUUGUUUCGUUCUACCAGCAGUGCUAGUAGUGUUUCGAGCUGGGGCGUUACUUCCAUUGGCAGAGGCUUUGAAUGGGACCAGAAUGAUGACGAAAAUUCGAUUAAAAGCGCGCCACCUCAGAAAUUUGAGAAAGACGACUAUCGAUUGGCCUUUGACUUGAACAACGACGAGGAGGAGAAACCUCGGAAGCUUUCCCCGAACAGUGCCGGAAGUUCUUCCAACAUAAUGCGCCCUGUAACAAACGUGACCCCGAUAACGACUACCUCCGCACUUUUAUCAGAACCUUUUUGCAUGUCUCCAUCACAAUCCAGAUCUACUUCACCCGUAAUAUACAGUCCUACGCCAUCGUCUGCGCCAUCUUCUUCUUCACCUAGACCAGGUUACCCUUCACGAACUCCUUCCACUCCACGGCCUAGACGGCGUUCAUCCCAGCAGCGAGUUUCUCUCGUCGCGGGUCGCGUCAUGAUUGCCCCGCGAGAUUCACCAACUCAGUCGUCUUUAGAGCCACAAUCUCUCAAUGGCCUCCAGCGCGCAAACAGCAACAGCAGCUUCUUGAGCGUCGCGUCCAGCACUCGAGCACCUUCGCCCACGUCCCACGAGUCUUUCCUUGGUAAUCGCAAGAUUUCCGAAUUCGAGAUCGAGGGCGAGAUUGGUCGCGGGGCGUAUGGAUUGGUCAAGCGAGGGAGGGAAAAGCUUGAAAAUGGAUCGUUAGGGCCCCCACUUGUUAUCAAACAGAUCAUCAAAUCACGAAUACUGGCCGACUGUUGGAAGAAGCAUCCUAAAUAUGGCACGAUUCCAAUAGAGAUAUAUGUCAUGUCUGCGAUCUCAAAUACCUCAUAUGUCCUUCCAGCACGUAGACCUUGGGAUCCGCUGCGAUUUGCCUCUGCUGAUUCGGUGGAGAACGACUGGAUAGAGAAAAAAGUUGUCAGAGGUCAUCCUAAUAUAUGUCCACUCCUCGAUUUUUUCGAAGAUAAUCAUUACUAUUACCUCGUUCUCCCAUCGACUACUCCGGAACCCAAAUUAGGCGAGGAAAGCGUUUCUUCCGAUUUGUUCGACUUGGUGGAAAGUUUUCCGCAGGGACUACCGCCGAACUCUAUCAGAACAUAUCUUGGUCAGAUAGCCGACGCGCUGUGUUUCCUUCACUCGCAUGGCAUCGUUCAUCGUGAUAUCAAGGAUGAAAAUGUCGUUCUGGGUCCUCAUGGGAGAUGCAUUUUAAUUGACUUUGGGAGCUCCGGGUUGAUGAAGAAGAAUGGCUGGGACUCGUUCAGUGGAACGCUUGAUUACGCUGGACCCGAAAUUCUACGAGGCGAACGUUAUUACGGCAAAGAGCAGGAUGUCUGGGCAUUCGGGGUUGUUGCUUAUGUCCUGCUCGUGGGCGAAUGUCCAUUCAUGACCGCAGAAGAGGCCCAAGAUGGUUUAGAAUCGCCCUUUGCUAACGCCUCGAUUGCUCUGGAUGAACGAUGUGCAGAAGGUAAAGAGCUCGAUGGGGAAGAACCCGACGGGGGUAGCGCAUUGGGAGAUGCGGCAGCCUUGGUGCGCGCUUGCUUGAAAGUGGAGGUGGCUGCGCGUCCGACAUUUGAAAAAAUUCUUCAAUCGCGGUUCCUAUCUGGAAAUGGUGGCUGGACAAAGCAUACCUAGCUCGAUGAUAGUCAAAUCUGCUCUCUCGCUACUGUAUGCUAUCGAUGUGCAUCCGUUCAAGCAAGUCUCUCCUUGACACGUUGUAAUUCUACUCACUUAAUCAAUCCUUAUUUAUCAAUCCUUAACCUCUCACCGAACAGCACGUCGUAUGUAGACUGUAGCACAACCUAUAUAGCCAGUGGAAUCAAUAUUCUGUUCCUGAGAGUGCCGGUGGCGGUGUACCCAGCGCCGGCUAGACCGGUUACGGCCCCGUUGCUGAGUCAUCAAUAAACCCCAAACCCUGGUGAUGAAAA